AUGUUUCGCUCACAGCUGAGGCAGAUUUCAUCUCAUUGUGAACGAGCAAAGCUUGGUGUUUCUACACCUGCUCGCCACUUCUCCUGUACCCGUACAGUCGCCGAUGAACAGAAUCAGCCAUCCGGCCAUAAUAAACCCCAAAGCCGACCUUCAUCGGCCGCACCUGCCCACCGGGUUCGCAAUCCCAAUGGCCCUCUAGCCCGUACCAACCAAAACCAAUCCCGCCCUCCCCGAGUGGUUGAUGCAAGAUCUUUUGCGGCGGCCCGAGCUGGCGGUGGAGAACAACCUAAGAUUAUCCGCAGUCCGAGAUCGCGCAAUGUUCGAGGAGGCACCCAAUCCGCAAAUCGCAAGCCCAAACCCUCCGCCAAAGCAGCCAAGGGUAAACGAAAUGCCCCGCGCAGGAACGCGAGAUCGACAGAGAAUGAUGAUGGCGAAGAUGCCCAAGCGGCGGCUAUCGAUCAAAUCCAGCAAGAGCAAAUCAUCAAAUCCCGGCCAACCCCCAUUCGCUACGAGCCCCGGGAAAUCAACUACUCUAAUCUGAAAGAGACUUGGCCUUCAAUCCCCACAGACACCAACUCGCGAUCAGCUGCUAUCUAUGAGAAGCUCUCCAUUUUGGGCGGUCGUAGCGUUCUGUUCAACGAUGAGAAUGAAAAGGCUGGGGCCUUGGAAGAGGUCAAGCGGUUGGCUCAGCUGCGUGCGGAUCGAAUCUCCCAGCGCAAGGGUGACCUUGUGGAGCCUCGCAAUGUCGAGUUCAACCCCAUCGAUGCAGAGAGCACCAAGUCUCUAAUGGAAACCUAUGUUCAGGGCAAAUACCCCACGUUCAAAGGAAAAGAUGGGCAUGCCGUCUUAGCUGAAGUGACAAAGAACCUUGGAAACAAUGGGACUUACCAGACAACCGGAAAGACCUCACAGUUCAUGGCCAAGAUUGAAUCUCUUGUCUCUACUGGUCGCAACACCAAGCGUGUCUAA